AUGAGCCCUCCAUCAAACAAAAUAAAGUCCAAAUAUACUCCAACGCAUAUCAAACAAAAUAUAAUCCGAAUUCAGAACGGAUCGGGCGCGGCUCCUCAAGCGAUUCCUCCCCUCGCCGCCGUAUGCCAUCGCCUCCCAUGUGAAGCCAGCGGCCACCUUCGCACUCCACAGCUACAGUUGCAAAACUUGAUUGAUCCAAAGAGGCAUUAG